UCGACUUCAUCAACCUUCGUGCUACUGUAUCCGGAUCCGCAAGCUUGGCCGCACAACUGCAAACGAACACGAUGGCGAAGCCCAAGGUGCGCACGGCGAUCGCGAUGCUCAACAUGGGCGGGCCCGCGACCCUUCCGGAGGUCCCGUCCUUCCUCAAGAACCUCUUCUCGGACCCGGAGAUCAUCCCGCUCGGGCCCUUCCAGAGCAUCCUCUCGGACGUCAUCUCCAAGCGCCGGUCGCCCAAGAUCGCAGACCAGUACGCUGCGAUCGGCGGCGGGUCGCCCAUUGGCCGCUGGACCAACCACCAAGGCGACGCCAUGUGCAAGAUCCUCGAUGAGAUCCGCCCCGAGAGCGCGCCGCACAAGCACUACGCCAUGUUCCGCUAUGCCAACCCGCUCACGGAAGCUGCGCUGAAGCAAAUGAAGGACGACGGCGCCGAGCGUGCGAUCGCCUUCUCGCAGUACCCGCAAUGGUCGUGCACGACGACGGGCUCGAGCAUGAACCACCUCUGGCGUGAGCUCAAGCGCCUCGACAUGGGCGAAACGUUCGAGUGGUCGCUCAUUGACCGCUGGAACACGCACCCGGGCUACAUUGCUGCCUUGUCCCAGCGCGUGAAGCUCGGUUUGGAGCAGUUUGCGCCCGAAGACCGCGAGAAGGUCGUGAUCAUGUUCUCGGCGCACUCGGUGCCGAUGAAGGUUGUGUACAAGGGCGACUCGUACACGAAGGAGAUCGCGUCGACGAGCGAGCACGUUAUGAAGCAUCUCAACCUCCCCAACGCGCACAUCUUGAGCUGGCAAUCCAAGGUCGGGUAUCUCCCGUGGAUGGGCCCGAGCACGAGCGAUGUGAUCAAGGGCCUCGCCCGCCAGGGCCACAAGCACGUCAUGGCCGUCCCCGUCGCGUUCACGUCGGACCACAUUGAGACGCUUUUUGAGAUUGACAUUGAGUACGCCGAGGAAGCCCACGAGGCCGGCAUCGAGCACUUCAAGCGCAGCCCGUCGCUGAACGACGAGCCGCUGCUCGCCAAGGCCAUGGCGGACCUUGUGAAGGACCACUUGGACUCGGAGACGCUGCACUCGCCGGCCUACCCGCUCAACUGCCCGCAGUGCGAGAACCCGACGUGCCGGAGCAUCAUGAACCCGAUCAAGCCGUACGCGCGUCUGCGCGAUGUGGCCUCGGGCGUGGCGACGCCGCAGCAGGUGGCCGACUUGCAGUAGAAAGCUACAGACAAUAGAAGAAACGAC